AUGCAGGGUACUGACAAGUCCGCAAGAACCGCCGCGACGGAGGAGGAUGGCGUGGAUCACAUCGGCUUUGAAACCCCUCGAUCCGGCAUAGCCACUCCUCACCCCGACCCUCAAGAUAAACGCCUGCCCGGAAUCAUGAGCUACUUUGCCCAGGUUCGUGAAGACCUUCCUGCAAGCCAGGAGAGCUUUUCUACAAUGUCAAUACCAGAGAGAGGCGUGCCCCCGGACCCGAUGCAAGACCAGCAGUUGCUGGACUCCUUAUCCACAAAACUACAGUCACUCGAGCAUGCUGAAAGCUCUCAGCCUUGCACACAAGACGCUCGCUGCUCCCGGCAGUCUAACUCCUUGACUAUUCGCACGCGCGCUAGCCAGGAAAAACUGACGGGAUCAACAAACUCUUGUCCACCCCCCGUCACUUCACACUCUUCCUCCUCUUCUACGAGGUCUGCAGCACCAGAAACUACUUUUUCAGACGAGGAGAUUAGGAGUGCCGGUUCAUCAGGCGCUUCUAGUCGCUCGGAACCUGCAAAGUCUAUGGGUUGUUUGCAAGACCGUCCACUUCUUUCCCAAUUAUCUACCCGUCCUUUUUCAGAUACCACCGUCGCAUCAAUUCCUCAUCCUGUGCCACAUACACAAGCUCAUAGGUCUUCUUCUCCAACUCUACGCCCGCAAAAUGUGGCAGGGCUUGGCACAACUCAAACUAAAUGGUUUUCGCUUCAAGGACUGAAAGAGCUAACUCGUGGUAUCAUGUUCAAGAGCGGCCCGCCCACUCCUACCAGGGCCCUCUCUACAGCCCAACCAGCCCCGGACAGUAGGGACACUCCCAACGGAUCCGGCACUGAUGGCGCCGAGACAAGUGGCACGCAGACUCCCAAGAACUCUGGAGCAGCUCCGUCUGCCAAGGGGAGAUUGACCAUCAAGAUCGUUGAGGCGCGAGGGAUUCGCAAAAGCCGUGACCCGUACGUCGUGGCCGUGUUCCAGCGAAGUGAGCUCAUCUCUGGUGGACCUCAUGCCAUCGAGGAGGAGGAACAUGUCAUAGGAACACCGACUGGUCUCAGCGCAAUCCCAAUGAAGCGUCAAGUAAGCGAUUCUGGCAGGCCGAUGGCGAUCCCAAUGCGCAGCCGUCAGAGCAGCAACACCAGCAUUAGCGACUACAACACAUUCCGCAACCGAACCUCCCGGACCCUUUAUUCAAGUCCUAAGUGGGACGCAGAAGCUGUCUUCGAUAUUGUCGAUUCGGAUUUGCAGGUAGACGUUUCAGUAUAUGACCAUGCCACAAAUGGAGAGGAUUUCCUAGGUCAUGUCAACCUCGAGGCCAAGAAGGACAGCCCUGUCAGGGGAUGGUUUGCGCUGCAGGGACACGCAAACACCACUGUCGACAACAUCCCAACGGGCGAGAUAUUUGUCGAGGUCACGUACCAGAGAACGGAGAGGAAACACUUCGGACCCACCGACUUCGAGGUCCUCAAGCUCAUUGGCAAGGGCACUUUUGGCCAAGUCUACCAAGUUCGAAAGAAGGAUACCCAGCGAAUUUAUGCCAUGAAGGUCUUGCAGAAGAAGGUGAUUGUCCAGAAGAAGGAGGUUGCACAUACCGUCGGAGAGCGAAACAUUCUCGUUCGCACGGCUACGUCUGAUUCGCCGUUCAUCGUCGGACUCAAGUUCUCGUUCCAAACGCCAUCGGAACUGUACUUGGUGACCGAUUACAUGUCUGGUGGAGAGCUGUUCUGGCACCUCCAAAAGGAAGGCCGGUUCGAUGAGAAGCGAGCCAAGUUUUACAUCGCCGAGCUUAUCUUGGCGAUUCAACAUCUCCACAACAAUGACAUUGUCUAUCGAGAUCUCAAGCCCGAAAACAUUCUCCUCGAUGCGAAUGGUCACAUUGCCCUCUGUGACUUCGGCCUGUCCAAGGCAAACCUCACAAAAAACGACACCACCAACACCUUUUGUGGAACUACGGAAUACCUCGCACCUGAAGUUCUUCUCGACGAGUCAGGAUACACGAAAAUGGUCGACUUCUGGUCGCUCGGCGUCUUGGUGUUUGAGAUGUGCUGCGGAUGGAGCCCCUUUUACGCCGAGGACACUCAACAAAUGUACAAGAACAUUGCCUUCGGCAAGGUUCGGUUCCCGCGUGACACGCUUUCUCAGGAGGGCCGCAACUUUGUCAAGGGGUUGCUUAAUAGAAAUCCCAAACACAGACUAGGAGCGACGGACGAUGCCGAAGAGCUGAAGCGCCAUCCCUUCUUCAACGACAUUGACUGGAACCUCCUCGCCAAGAAGCUCAUCUCUCCACCCUUCAAGCCAAAGUUGAAGUCGGCAACGGAUGUGUCAUAUUUCGACCCGGAAUUCACUACCGCCCUAGACCAGAACGGCUCUCUCAACGAGCGGGCUGCUGCACUGGCGAGAGGAUACGCUGCCUCUACACCGCUCUCACCCUCGGUGCAGGCAAACUUCCAUGGAUUCACCUACGUUGAUGAAAGCGCACUGGAUGAUCACAUGCGUGACUUAUCGGGAAACGAUGACGAGGACAUGGAUGACGCUCACGCUAACGGUGACGAUGACUGGGAUAAUCUAGAGGAUAUUGAUCCCCGACAGGCCAACAGGAUGAGUGGCAUUGCCAAAUCUGGACACGACGAGCAAAUGGUUGGAGGCGCGCAUUUUGACCCGUAA